GGUAACGCUGCUCGUCCUAGCACUUCAAGCGGUGGGAGCUGCGUGGCUGAUUGAACAGCCGAUAUCAUCAUUGGCAUGGUAUCAGCCAAGACUGCGGAGCAUCCUCCGUAGCAUUCACAAGGUCUAUGUUUGCAAGUGGUGGAUGGGGCAUUACCGCUCGGCCACGGCAAAGCGACACAUUUGCUGGAGCAACACUCGCAAAGUGGGUGCUCUUGAUCGGGGGACCCUAACAAAAUCUCAACGGGAAGAGAUACGUAAAAGUGGUGUUAAAAGCGCUACCACGAAGGUGAACCGAAAGGGUAAGAAGUCGUACACGGGCACGCAGUUCCUACGUGGUACUGGGGCGUAUCCUCCGCACUUUGGACUCAAAAUGGUACGAUUGUUUCCUCGGCUCACCCAGUACAGAACGCCCCCUCCUGAAGUUCCUGAAGAACUUGUGGCGAUUCCGACCCAGGAGUUUUUCGACUCUUUGCCUUGGGAUGAGGAUAAGUGGGAAGUCCAAUCUCAGCUGUGGCCCCCAACUGGCCAGGUCUUUGUAGAGUAUGAAGCUCAGCUGGCAGCCCUGAAGAAGCAAAAAGAAGACCAGGCUACUGACGCCGAGUUGAAGGCUGCUCGGCGUGGGAAGCCUUCAUCCUCAACGCCCUCUACCAGUGUGGCCCCGAAGGCAACUGCUAGAGCAAGUGGUAAGUCUAAGGCCAAGCCGGCCAAGCCAGUGAUUCCACCAGAGAAUUCCCCAAAGGAAGUUACAAAGACACCAGUGGCUGACUUGAAGAAAUCAAGGAGUGAUCAGAAGAAAGUCAUCAAGAAACCCAAGUCAAAGUCGGUUCCCAAACCCUCUGUUCCCUCUGCCGCCUCGCAACCGCCUGUGAAGCGACAUCGUGGCAAGAGCCCAGCAGCACCUCCACAUGCAAGUGAGGAGUCCGAAAUUGAGCAGCUCAAGAAGGCCAACGCUAAGCUGACUGCGGAUUUGGAAGCCUUGCUGAAGAAAGAUUCAAGUGGCCCAGCCACACCUGCUCCGAGGGUCUCUGCCCCGUCCCCCAAGACACCUGCAAGCUCCAAACCGAAUGUGAAGGCAGCCCAGGCUGUUGCCUCGCAAGAGGAUGGGUCUGAGGAAGAGGAAGGAGAGGAAACUGAGAACGAAGAAGGAUCUGAGGAAAGUGAGCAGGAGGAAAAUGAGGAGGUCCCAGGAACAGAGGUUUCAAGUGAACCCACAGAGGCAGCCAAGAACAAUCGUCUUAGGCGUUUGUGUGAGAAGAAGCCCAGUGGACGUAUGCAGGUUCCCCAGGAGAUACAUGAUAUCUGGGCCAAGGGGGGGCCAGAGCGCUUGGCACUUCGUGACCAAUUGGAAGGUUGUGGCUGGCAGAAGGACCAGUUCGUGAGCACUGUCCUGAAGAUCAAGGAGAAGAGCAACAAGUUUGUUCGCACCAAGAAACGUGGCUGGUAUACAAAGGAGAAAAUGAGGAUCAAGCUGGGCUGGAGCAAGUCCUACAUCAAUGAUGUGGUGAAAUACUGCGAGAAGAAAGGGAACGAAGCCCUCCGCAAGCGAGAUACCUACAACAAGAACCUCUGGAAGUAUCUCGUGGAGGUUGAUGAGGAUGAUGAAGAACAAGAAGAAGACUUGGAAAAGGAGACUAAGUCCAGUGCUGCGAAUGGAGUUGUGAAGUUUUCGCACCUUGACAGGAAGCGAAGCAGGAAGGAUAUCCAGGCCGAGGCAGGUGCAGAAGAAAGUGAAGAGGCAGAUGAUGAUGAUAAGGAUGCUGAGUGCGCCCAAGGGGCUCAGGAGUUCCAGUCGCUCAAGAAGUUUGGGGAUUCGCUUUUGUCUCGCAGUGGGAAGUUGGCUGAUCUUUCGGGCCAAUUGGAUGAUGCAAUGGCAGAAUCUGAGUCGGGCUCAUAUCACCGUGCAAGGGUUCAAAAGUCCCAGCGUGGCUUGGAAGAGGCCAUCAAGAUUCUUGAAGAUGAAUUCGACAAAGUCGAAUCCACCAAGGCUGAUGUUUCUGACCUGCAGAACCGCAAGCUGCCAGAAGCAGAUCAGAAGCUGCUUGUGUCGAAGGCGGAGGCGCAGAUCAAGUCUUCCACCAGGGCAUGUUCCAAAGUCACCACGGCGGAGUCUACUGCAAAGAAUUUCGGAAUAAUGAAGCAAUAUGAAGUUUAUAUCUGGUUUCUUUAG